UACAUGUACACAUUAUUAUUGCCAUUACUUUUGUGUUUUUAGUUAAAUUCCAGUGGCAAGUUCUUUAAUGAACUAUACAUUCAUUUCUUGAAAUACUUACAGAAACUCAAAUUAGGCUAGAAGCUUAUUAAUGUCCCCCAUUUCUACCUGUUGCAUGAAGGCAAAUCACGCUUUGCCAGUGUGUGAAAGGUUUUCAUUAAAUUGCAAGGGAACAUUUUGAUAUUCCUUAGGCUUCAUUUCAGACCCACACACAGUUCAGAUUUGUGAGGUUGUCACUUGAUGUGUAUGGGGACCAUCACAACCAUUUGCUGCAUGUUUUUAGUCCACUUGGGCAGUGUUCUUUGAGGACUGGCCUUGGCCGUUAGCUGAGAUGGAAGCCUGGACCAGACACUCUCCUGUCCUUUAGUUUCAGAACUAAAGGGAGGAGUCAAGAGGUCCUAGGGUUUCAUAGGACUUCUAUGUUUUAAGUGUCCCGUGGCGACUUGUCACACUUUCAGAACAUAUCAACAAGGACGAUUUCUUAAAUGACAUCUAGUUUCAGUAGUGGUUUUAUUUAACAUACAUUGGCGCUUCCAUAUCUGUUUUUUUUUUUCCAGCCAUGAAAUCAAAGCUGUCUUCCUCCUUCAGAUGGUUUAAGUAUAGCCCAGUUUGCACAUAAAGUGAGUCAAGCGAACACUGCUACCUUACAAAGAGAUGUGUUGGUGUAAGGGGACUGUGGAUGUGAUGUAAUGUAACCUCUCAUGGAGUAUUUCCAAAACCAUAUAAGGAGGCUCGAAGUAGUCACCUCAGUGUCAACACCGAGCUCACGAAUGAGGCUGGAGCUUGUGUCCCCAAAGGAAGCAUAAGGAACACCACCAGAUAGCCUUGGGAGGAGGAGAGAGCACCAGGCAUUUGUUCAGUGGGUGGAUGCAGCCCUCACAGUGGCCUUUGGACUCGCGUGUCCUACCUUCAACCUGGAAGCUCCCACGCCCAUGGUCACUGGUUGCACUCUGUGUGAAUGGGCACCAUUCACACAUAUAGUAUGUUCACACCUAACUGGAAAAGUGCCUUGUCUGGAUACACAUUAGACCAUAGGGAGAGAAAAAAAUUUUUCUUUAGUUGUUAAAACGUUUUAUGACGAAAGUUUUUAGAUAUCAAAAGAACAGAGAAUAAUAAAGUCAGUCCCUAUAUUACUUACUACAGAUGCAGCAAUGAUCAAGAUUUUAUCACAUUUCAUUACCCUCCCCUUUUUGGCUAAAAUACUCAUAACAAAUCCCAGAUACCACAUCAUUUCAUCCCUACGAUGUUUUCUCUAAGAAGUAGACAUUUCAUAAAUCCAAUGCCAUUCUCUCACUUGGCAAAAUUAACCAGGACCAAAAUUUUGACAUCUAGUUUUUAUAGAGCUCCUGUGACUAAGUCACCUUGCAACGUGAGAAUCAACAGAGUCCAUGCCAAUACUAAUUUAUGGAUAUCUUAAAAGAAGGGGAUCCUUGCUCUUAGCUGUGAACAAAAUUAUUUGGAUUGGAGAUGGGGCGGGUAAGCAAUUUGCACUUGUGGUUCUACGUCUGUAAUCGCAGGUAUUGAGCUGUGCCAUUUGCUUCCUGGGCAUUUCACAGUAUCAUCAAUGAUUGAUAAUCAUAACUUACAGGAAUUUUUUUAAACAGUAUUUUAAUUGGAAAAAGCAUCUGUCAGCUGUCAGGCUUCCAGCUUCCACUUUUGAGAAGCAGGAUGUUGAAUGUGAGUAAUGACACAACAGGCCUAUAAAAUGCGGACUAACCCUCGGAUGACUCAUCCAGUACGAUGCAGUAUAUUUGUCAAGGAGACUGAAUCAUAUAUGGGGGAAACCACUUUUCAGGCAGCCAGCUGGUUCUCAGGUCCGCAAGAGACAAUCCAUUUUUAUCGGAAGCUUUAUAGUAGCAAUAAUGCUAAUAUCCAGCACUUGGGCUCUACGAUGUAGAGGAAAUGGCAUCACCCGGCAGUGACAGCUAUAUUGUGCGUGUCAAGGCUGUGGUUAUGACCAGAGAUGACUCCAGCGGGGGAUGGUUCCCACAGGAAGGAGGCGGGAUCAGUCGCGUGGGUGUCUGUAAGGUCAUGCACCCCGAAGGCAAUGGACGAAGCGGCUUUCUCAUCCACGGUGAACGACAGAAAGACAAACUGGUGGUAUUGGAAUGUUAUGUAAGAAAGGACUUGGUCUACACCAAAGCCAACCCAACCUUUCAUCAUUGGAAGGUCGACAAUAGGAAGUUUGGACUUACUUUCCAAAGCCCUGCUGAUGCUCGAGCCUUUGACAGGGGAGUGAGGAAAGCAAUCGAAGACCUUAUAGAAGGCUCAACCACAUCAUCUUCCACCAUCCAUAAUGAAGCUGAGCUUGGCGAUGAUGACGUUUUUACGACAGCUACAGACAGUUCUUCUAAUUCCUCCCAGAAGAGGGAACAGCCUACUCGGACAGUCUCCUCUCCCACAUCCUGUGAGCACCGGAGGAUUUACACCCUGGGCCACCUCCAUGACCCAUACCCCACGGACCACUAUCACCUCGAACAGCCGAUGCCAAGGCCUUACCGCCAGGUGAGCUUCCCAGACGACGACGAGGAGAUUGUGCGCAUCAACCCCAGGGAGAAGAUCUGGCUGACCGGCUACGAGGACUACCGGCACGCGCCAGUGCGGGGCAAAUCCCCCGACGCCUCCGAGGACGCCGACUCCUACGUGCGGUUCGCCAAGGGCGAGGUCCCCAAGCACGACUACAAUUACCCCUACGUGGACUCCUCGGACUUCGGCCUCGGCGAGGACCCCAAAGGGCGCGGGGGCGGCGUGAUCAAGACCCAGCCGUCCCGGGGCAAGUCCCGGAGGCGGAAGGAGGACGGCGAGCGCUCCCGGUGCGAGUACUGCAGGGACAUGUUCAACCACGAGGAAAACCGGAGGGGCCACUGUCAGGACGCGCCCGACUCUGUGAGAACUUGCAUCCGCCGGGUGAGCUGUAUGUGGUGUGCGGACAGCAUGCUCUAUCACUGUAUGUCGGACCCCGAGGGAGACUAUACAGACCCGUGCUCGUGCGAUACUAGCGACGAGAAGUUUUGCCUCCGGUGGAUGGCUCUUAUUGCCUUGUCUUUCCUGGCCCCCUGUAUGUGCUGUUACCUGCCCCUGCGGGCCUGCUACCACUGCGGGGUGAUGUGCAGGUGCUGCGGGGGGAAGCACAAAGCGGCCGUGUGACUCAGUUUCCCUCCCUCCCUUCCUCCUCCCACAGCCACAGGGGAACUUGUCUCUGACAUACUCUCACCUUCUUUCUUGCUCCCUGGUACCUUGAGGCGCUAUUCCAGCCUGGGGAGCCCGCCUGGUGAACUCUGCACUUUCCCCUCUCCCCACGCAGCCCCCACCAGCCACCCACUCUGCGUCAACCACACACCCAUACACGCAGGCACACGGUGUUCUAAGGAAAGGAACCUCCGCACAGACACUUGUGUACUAUUACCAAUCUGUAAUCAAGCUAACUGUCUUAUACAUGUGUUGAUUUCAUGUCUUUCCUACCCACCUCUUCCAGCGCAGAGGCACCUGCAGUCGGAACUGCUGAUUUGGGGUGGGUUUUGUAGUUGGUUUUCUAGGAGAUCUUGCUCAUGGGUCGGCUUGCCGGUUGCUAAGGAGCAGCGGAUUCCUGCAGAUAGGUAACGUCAGAAUGAUGAAACCCUACCGGAAGUAUUGGAACCUGCAGUCAGAUUAUGUAUAGGAGGUGAGCUAGUUAACAAACGUCUACCACAAAACAAGAUCGCUUUAACUUUUGUAAACCCAAAUUUGCCAAGUAAGCUGCAGUUUCUCUUUGGAGCCCAUAAACAUUUCCUGUGCCCUCCCCCCAAAAACCUGACAAUUAUUUACUGAUGCAAAACAUUCACCCACAAAAAUGAGAAUUGAGCCUUAACUUCAGAUUAACUUGUGUGGAUCAGGAAAUUCCAUAAACUGCAUUGCAUCCUCUUAGACCAGGGGUAGAAAAAGGGGAUUUCAGGUUUGUCUGAGCUUCCCCAGUUACCCCUAAAGUAGAACUUUUUAAAACUGUGUCACCACCACGUCUAAAAAUUUAGCAAUAUUAGAAGAAAACACUAAUGAAGUUCUGCUCAUUGUUUUGCAAACGAGAUAGACUAUUCACACACAAACCAGUGUUCUCCAAAGAGUUCCAGUUGAGAAACACUGAAGUUGUGGUAAAGAAAAUUAGAAGGAGCUUCCUCCCACACCCCCACUGGCUAUUUUCUCUUAAUGGGGGGAAAUUUUAAAUGUCAUAAAUUUGAAGAGUGGUGGGUUGCAUUUUGUUUGUGGGUUUCUGUUCUUGUUUUCAUCCUGGACUGAAUCUCACGUCACCAAAUGCUUUGUUUAUACUUGGGGGAAAAAAACAAGGCCAUAUGUAAAAACCCUUCCAAUGCCUAAGUGUCUUUCUCCUGCAUCUCAAAAACCCAGACUUGCCAAUUUGGGUGCACAGAUGGUUAGGUCAGCAGUCUGGGUCUACCUGUCACCUGGCCAUGUAGGAGGCUUCUAAUUAGCUGGAAAAGAGUAUUUUCCCAGUCUAUUGCAAGGAGUAGCCAAAUCUUGUCCCAGAAAGAAAAGUGAAGAGUGAGUGGUACCUAGCAUAGUACAAUCAGAACGUCAUGGAGACCAUAAGGGACAGGCUUGUCAAAGUUGGCCGUUCUUCCCGCCAUGAUCUUCCUGUGGUAGUUGCCAGCUCAGGGCACAGCCUGCUGUCUGUGUCUCCGCUUCCCCCCAUCCCUUCUCUGUUGCACACAGGGCAUCAGUCUUCAAGGAAAGAGACUUUUUUCCAGUCUGCCAAUCAUAUUGGGAAAGUACGAGCCAUGCUUACCUUCAUGGAACAUUUUCAGCUCAUCUGAGCACCCGCCGCCUUUCUUUAGUCAGAUCGUCGAUGUAAAUACCCAGUGUGCUUACGAGUUAGUUGGUAGACAUUUUCAUAUGUUGGAGUGAAUGGUGUGGCCUUCCAGUUUGGAAAAGUUGCAGAGAGCUGUCAGUCUGGUGAUGGAAGAAAAAAGAACUGCUUCCCAGUCUGGAAAACAUCUAGAAAACCUUCAGCCGGCCUCCAGAUGCUGUCGAGAGGCCAUUGCCCCCCACUCUCCAAUCCUGAGGUAUUUCCUCAGGGCCUUUCUCAAGGUCUCCUCUCUACAAAGCACAACACUAAUGUAUGUUUUGUUAGACCUCAGUUCCGAGUGCCCCUAUUUAUUUCAGUAAGAAUACACAUGUCCCCGCCACUUUUUGUUUGUAGUCUCUAUUUACUUGUUGUUUCUAUCUUUUUUACCCCUUGUCCUUUUCCACCCUUUUGAAGAGUUAUGCUAGUGAAUCUUACUUCGCAUAUACGUUUUGGUUUGUGAAGGCAGCGGUUAAGGGCACAAGGACAGCCAUGGGGACAUUUAUGUAAAUACGUUUCUCUCUAACUGCCACACUGCAGCUGAACAGUGUGUAGUAUUUUCCCAGUCAGCUUUGCCAUACUGACGUCAAUCAUUUGAGAGAAAUUAUUCAGAUUUUAUUUUUGUAUCUGUGGUAACAAAACAUUAACCAAAAGAUUUGUUUGGAAGCUUCCUCUGACCACCCCCCACCCCCCAGCUAUUUGCUCACAUUAACAAAUUAAAGUGCCUGAAGCAUAAUUCAUUCUUCACCUGUAUACUAAAAAAAAAAAAACCUGUUGUAUUGAUUUUUUUAUAAUAAGCCUUUUUACCUCUGUGUAAAAAAUAUAUAUACAAGUGUAUGAUGUACAUUUUAGUUCUUAACUUUUUUUUAUGGUUUCUAAUAUGUAUGACCAAUGUAGCCAUUGCUUUAAGAUGUACCAUGUAAAUAUAAACACAUCCUAUCAGA